GGCGCUGGCACUGUAGUUAUUGUGCCCCCCACCUGCACAGUCCUUUGCGCGACGCGACGCGCCCCGAAUCCAUUAAAACUAUCAUCGAGGUUGGCCCAUAUCCCAACCUCGACAAACAACAACAAUUAAAAUGUCUGCUCACGACGACCUCACCGAUGGCGAGCCGCCUACAAUCGACCCGUACGAGGUGCUCGGGCUCGAUCGCACCGCCUCGCCAGAUGAGAUUAAAUCGGCCUACCGCAAGACCGCGCUGAAAACCCACCCAGACAAGGCGCCCGAAGACAAGAAAGAUGAAGCCAAAGAAACAUUCCAACAGGUCGCAUUUGCCUACGCUAUUCUCUCCGACCCCGCUCGGCGCAAGCGCUACGACGAGACUGGCUCGACCUCGGAAGCGGUCGUCGAUUCCGAGGGCUUCAGCUGGAGCGACUUCUACAGCGAGCAAUUCCGCGAUGCAAUCUCCGAGGACGCCAUCAAGAAGUUUGCGGACGAGUACAAGGGAUCUGAGGAGGAGAAGGAUGACGUCCUAGCCGCGUACGAGGAGUUCGAGGGCGACAUGGACGGGGUGUACGAGAGCGUGAUGCUCAGCAACGUGCUAGAGGACGACGCCCGGUUCCGGGAGGUCAUUGACGCGGCGGUCAAGGCCGAGGAGGUGCCCCGCUUUGAUGCCUACGCAAAGGAGACCAAAAAGUCCAAGCAAGCUCGCAUCAAGGCCGCCAAGAGCGAGGCUCAGGAGGCAGACGAACUGGCCAAGGAGCUGGGUGUGUACGACAAAUUGCGCGGCAACGGCAAGAAGAAGAGCAAGAAGGACUCUGAGGCAGACUUGGCGGCCCUGAUCCAGCGGAACCAGACAUCGAGGAUGAGUGCGCUGGAUAAGCUGGCGGAGAAGUAUGGGGCUGUGCCCAAGGCGGGCAAGGGGAAGAAGCGAGGCGCGAAGGAGCUUGAAGAGCCGGACAUCUCGGAGGAGCAAUUCCAGGCGAUACAGGCGGGCAUGAAGAAGAAGAAGUCGAAGAAAUGAGGAUUAAAGAUGCUUUAAAGACGGUACCUGGAGUAUAGGUUUGGUUUGAUCAUGGAGAUUUGGGGUUGGGCCAGGGCAUCACGAACCGGCAUGGCGUACUACGGCUCAGGGAUGGCAUUGAGCCCGGAUGUUAGGUUAACUUUGGCUGAUUGAUUCUACGGAAUAGUUACUGCCAGUUUCUUCCAAG